AUGUUCUCCCUGGCCCUGAAAUGCCUCAUCAGCCUCUCCACUGUCAUCCUGCUGGGCCUCAUCGUCGCCUACCACACACGGGAGGUGCAGCUCUUUGUGAUCGACAACGGAGCCGACGACUGGCGGAUAGCGAUGACGUAUGAGCGCAUCCUCUAUAUCAGCCUGGAGAUGCUGGUUUGUGCCAUUCACCCCAUCCCUGGGGAGUACAAAUUUUUCUGGACAGCUCGCCUGGCUUUCUCCUACACGCCCUCCCAGGCAGAGGCAGACGUGGACAUCAUCCUGUCCAUCCCCAUGUUCCUGCGCCUCUACCUGAUCGCGCGGGUGAUGCUGCUGCACAGCAAACUCUUCACCGACGCCUCGUCCCGCAGCAUCGGGGCCCUCAACAAGAUCAACUUCAACACCCGCUUUGUCAUGAAGACCCUCAUGACCAUCUGCCCCGGGACGGUGCUGCUGGUCUUCAGCAUCUCCCUCUGGAUCAUUGCUGCCUGGACGGUCCGAGUGUGUGAGAGGUACCACGACCAGCAAGAUGUAACCAGCAACUUCCUGGGGGCCAUGUGGCUCAUCUCCAUCACCUUCCUGUCCAUUGGCUAUGGUGACAUGGUCCCACACACCUACUGUGGGAAGGGCGUGUGUCUGCUCACCGGCAUCAUGGGUGCUGGCUGCACUGCACUGGUGGUGGCUGUGGUGGCCAGGAAGCUGGAGCUCACCAAAGCUGAGAAGCACGUCCACAACUUCAUGAUGGACACGCAGCUGACCAAGAGGAUCAAGAACGCAGCAGCAAAUGUCCUGAGGGAAACGUGGCUCAUCUACAAACACACCAAAUUGCUGAAGAAGAUCGACCAUGCCAAAGUCAGGAAGCACCAGAGAAAGUUCCUCCAAGCCAUUCACCAGUUGCGGAGCGUGAAGAUGGAGCAGAGGAAGCUGAGUGACCAAGCCAACACUCUGGUUGACCUCUCCAAGAUGCAGAACGUGAUGUACGACCUCAUCACCGAGCUCAACGACCGCAGCGAGGACCUGGAGAAGCAGAUUGGGAGCCUGGAGUCCAAACUGGAGCAGCUCAGCACCAACUUCAGCUCCCUGCCGCUGCUGAUGGCCGACCUGCUGCGCCAGCAGCACCAGCGCCUCCUCGCCGCCGUCCUGGAGGUGCGGGGGGUCGGGGUGCCCGUGGCCACCCCCCAAACUCCUCUUUCCGAGAGCCCCAUCGGGGUUAGUUCCACCUCCUUCCCCACCCCGUACACAAGCUCAAGCAGCUGCUAA